AAGUAAGCUGAAAACUAGCUGCUCCUUCACCUACUUUACACUGUUAAAUUUUACACCAACAACUGUACCUAUCUGGAAUUGGUUCAUGUUGCUUUCGUUCAUAAAAUGGGAAAAUAAGAUCAAUCACAAGCCCUACACUGCAAAGGUAUUCAGAAAUUAAAUAGUUCCAUGUAUACAGUAUAUGUGCAAACACCCAUGUGUAUAUUUGUAUAGGGAAAAGACAGCGGAAAUACAUAUUUCUAAAUGUCCUGGUCUCUCAGAGUUAAUGAAUAUACUCUCUGUUUACUUUGCCCUCCCAUAUAACUUCUAAUCCGUGGGUGUGGUGAAACUGCCUGAUUAAUACCUGUUUGUGGGCCACAGAAAUAGUUGUGCAGAGUUUGAAACACGGUAAUAUGAAACCAGUCCUCUUGGUUGAUGUUCACUUGCUGCAAGCUACAUUUCAGACCAAACCUGCACCAAAGCGGAAGGGUGUUUCUUUUUUUUAUUAUUAUCAUUCAGUUUCAAGGGCAGUACAGUCAGUUAACUUCAACACUUGGAAUUCUCCAGAAGACAAGGCAUGUUUUAGCAAAGAACUUCAAAUAAAUUCCAAUCCAUCAAGAUUUUCCACAUUUCUAAUACAUAGCCGCUCUGAAGAUUCUGCUAAAGCAGCUUUUGACCACAGUGGGGAUCUUUCUGAAAUUUUCUGCUGACAUGAACCGGCACGAGGAAAUAACAAACAGCAAGUACCAGUUGUUCAGUACUAACCUUUAACUCUAUUUUCUAGAAAAUAAAAAGCUUUGGAAUUCACAGAACAGUAAAAAUCAAUGCAACUGUGCCUCGUGCUUUUCAGCCGAUUAGUUUGCAGAUUUGCUCUGACAAAAAAAAGGCCCUUUGUGUAAAAAGUAAGUUCUGUUGCUGCUGAGAAAAUGUGGCAUGCAAGAUGAGUGAAAUCUUCCUAUUUCUUCUGUACUAAAGUUGUAGACGUUGGUAGGAAUUUGCAUUUCAUAAUACUAUGUUCUGGAAAAAUAGUGUAUAAUUUGGAGAAACAGCUUCCCUCCAUAAUGAUUCAAUUUACUUACUGAAUGAAAAAAUAUUUCUUGGAAGUAAUUGUACAGAAAUAAAUAGUUCUUGUUCCAGGAAUAUAUGUGUGUUUUGAUUUGCCCAACAUGGAAAAAGAUUGUGAUUGCGGUAAGCUGCCUAAUCCAGGGAAGGAGAAAGAGACUGAAGCAGGCCAUACUUUAUUUACUAAAUUUUCUAUGAAAGCACUGUUUGGAUUUACAGAUAAAUUAGAACCAGGAACUUCAAAACAGCAAGUAAUUUUAAAAGGGCUUCAAAAUGUCAAUGAGGAUAUUGAUAGCCAUGUGGACAAUAAGGAUGAGAAGAACAGAGUAAAUGAAGAAGCUGAUCCAAAUACUGUUCAUCUGCUUCCAGAAAUGGUGCAGGAAGAAAGUAAUGUUCAGGCUGUUCCAGAAACUGACACAAGAGACAUAUUUGUUUUGGAGGCAGUCUCAGGAAUGGGUGACUGGGCUUCAAAUGACCAUGCAGAAGCUAUUACUGGUGCUUCAAGUGUGCACAGAAUUUAUGCUGGAAACUUUGUUGACUCUGAAGACAAUGACAGCAUACAUAAUACCUCGAUAGACUAUGCUUUUGUUUCAGAUGAUCAUCAGGCUGAUGUUUAUGGCACAAGUGACCUGGAAACACAGCAAAAGGAGCAGAAGGAGCCGUCUCUCUAUUCUAGCCACUCUCCUUUGUGUGAAUUCAGCAAACAAGAUUGUAAGGAUUCCAUUCUUGCUCAGGGUACUUUGGCUCAUACAACAAAUGACACAGAAUUAGACAAUGAGGCUACAGAUGUAGAACCGCAUGGAAAUGUAACAAACUACUCUGUGUUAAAUUGUGCUCUAUCAUUGGAGGAUAAUGAUCAAAAUAAAGAAGACACAGAACUAUAUACAAAAAUGGGUAGUGCUAUAGCAGGGGAUAACACAGAGCUAAUUCUACCAAGUGGCAAAUGGCCUUCAAAAGAAAUGGGUGAUGCAAUACCAGAAAUAUAUUCAAAUUCAAAUGUUAGAACACUAAUCAAGGAAAAUAAUAAUUCAGUUUCUACAGCAAAGGAUAUUCAGGAAUCUGAAGAAGAGCAGGGAUCUCUUUCAAGUAACUGCAGCACUGAUUCUCCUUCAAAGCCAGCAUCAAGUGAAAAGUCCUUCCAGCUCCCAGCCUUCUUUAGUGGAUUACGUGUUCGAAAGAAAGGGUUGACUGAAGAUCCGGAAGAAACUGUCACCGAAAUCAAACAGAAAGACAGUGAUCUAGCUAUGCUCAAAUUAAGACAGCCUGUUAAGAAGUCGAAUCUUGCACCUGACCCGAUAACCAAGAAGAAAAUAUCAGAGCCAAAAGGUUCUCCUACUUUUCUAGAACAGCUUUCUCAGUUGUUAGGGCCUAAAGCUGAGGAGAAAGGUAUUGAUGAAGUAGUACCGACAUCUGGAGAGGUCCAAGAAAGAUCUGUGAGAACAGAUCCAUCUGAAGAAAUGAAACCAAGUCCUGCAGAAUCUGCACUGGAUGCAUUUAAAGCUUUAUUUACACGUCCUCCCAAAAAAGAGACAACUGCUGACACUUCAGAAUUAGAAGCAAUAAAACGUAAAAUGAAACAUGAAAAGGAAACUCUGAUGGCAAUAUUUGAGAGGUCUAAAUCAAAAUCCAGUGAUGGAGCCACAGAAACAAAACCAGCUGAUGUAAUUCUUUCAGAGCAGGAUGACAAGACUCCAGGAAGACUCCAGACUGUCUGGCCACCACUCAAAGCAGAAGAAGAGAAAAUAGGCUUAAAAUAUACAGAAGCAGAGUACCAUGCUGUGAUUUUGCAGUUAAAAAGGGAACAUAAGGAUGAAAUUGAGAAACUAAAAUCUGAGUUUGAACUUGAAGUCUUUCAUAUUCGAGGAGAACACGCUUUAUCAAUAACAAAGCUUGAGGAGCACGUUCUAUAUUUAAAAAAUGAACUGGAAAAUAGGAUAUGCAAGCAAAGUGAAGAAGCAAAGGAUGCCUGUGUAUCCACCGAAGACGACUACCCACCAAAGACAUACAGAAAUGUCUGCAUCCAGACAGACAGAGAAACUUUUAUAAAGCCAAAUGAAGAUGAAACACGGACACCAAAAAAUAAUCAAAAAAUUCCUAAGAAACUUUCUAAACCCUAUGUGAAUAACAGCGUUUUAGCUUCAACUGAUCGUAAGGAAAUAGGCAGUUCUGGCCAAACCUCAGGGAAUGUUUUUUCAAAGUUGGAUCAAACAACGCCACCACCUCCUCCACCACCUCCUCUUCCUGUCUCACUGUCUGAUUCAAUUCCACCACCAUUGCCGACAAGCUUGAGAUCUGCCCAUCCACUGGCGCCACCACCACCACCACCACCACCACCACCACUUCCUUCAGCUUUUGGCGUUCAUCAGCCCUCUCUACCUCCCCCACCAGGGCCACCUCCAACAGGAACAGGGCCUCCUCCACCACCACCUCUGCCACCACUACUGCCACUUGGCUCUAAUUUUUCUUCAAGAAGUCAAGAUCUUCGAAAACCUGCCGUUGAACCCUCUUGUCCCAUGAGGCCGCUCUACUGGAACAGAAUCCAAAUAUCAGAUAGCAGUCAACAGUCAAUGCCAACUCUUUGGGAGUCAUUAGAAGAACCCGACCUUUGUGAUACAAAUGAAUUUGAAUACUUAUUCUCAAAAGAAUCAGCUCAGGAAAGGAAAAAAGCACUAGCUGAGUCUUAUGAAAAGAAAACAAAAACCAAAAAGAUUAUCAAAUUGUUGGAUGGGAAGAGAUCUCAAACUGUAGGAAUUCUAAUAUCCAGUUUACAUCUGGAGAUGAAGGACAUAGAACAAGCUGUACUAAAUAUGGAUGAUUCAGUAGUUGACCUAGAAACAUUGGAAGCACUAUAUGAAAAUAGAGCACAGAAGGAUGAACUGGAAAAAAUAAAGCAACAUUAUGACACUUCAACAGAAGAAGAAGUUAAGCUACUGGACAAACCUGAACAAUUUUUAUAUGAGUUAUCUCAGAUCUCCAACUUUGCGGAACGUGCCCAAUGUAUAAUCUUUCAAUCUGUCUUCAAUGAAGGGAUAAUUGCAGUUCAUCAUAAAGCUGACAUUAUUCAUCAUGUUUGUAAGGAGUUGAUCACAAAGAAAAGUGUGAAAAGUAUUCUAGCUUUGAUUCUGGCUUUUGGAAAUUAUAUGAACGGAGGAAAUCGAACACGUGGUCAGGCAGAUGGCUUUGGCUUGGAAAUACUUCCCAAACUAAAAGAUGUUAAGAGCAAAGAUACAGGAAUCAGCCUUGCAGAUUAUGUUGUAAUUUAUUACCUACGCCAUUGUGAUAAGGAUGCAGGAACAGAAAAGAGUAUCUUUCCAUUGCCUGAGCCCCAGGAUUUCUUCCAGGCAUCGCAAGUAAAAUUUGAAGACCUGAUAAAAGAUUUAAGAAAACUAAAGAGAGAUCUAGAAGGUUGCGAAAAACAAAUGAAAGUUGUUUUCAGAGAAUCAUCUGAAGAACACCUUCAGCCCUUUAAGGAUAAGUUUGAAGAAUUUUUCUCUAAAGCUGUAGAAGAACAUAAGGAAGAGGAAAGUCUCCUGGACAAUGCACAAAAGUGCUUUGAAGAAAUGGUGAGAUAUUAUGGAAUAAAGCCAAAAUCUGGUGAAAAGGAGACCACGCCGAAUUAUGUUUUCAUGGUUUGGUAUGAGUUCUGCAGUGACUUUAAGACUACUUGGAAACGGGAGAACAAAGACAUUUCCAAAGAAAGACUUCGAAUGGCUCAGCAAUCAGUGAGCAAAUUAACUUCAGAAAAGAAAGUGGAAACUAGGAAAAUCAAUCCAACUGCCAGUCUGAAAGAAAGACUACGGCAGAAAGAAGCUAAUGUGACUCCCAACUGAAAGAAGACCCCAGAACAACAACAAAAAAAAAAACAAUGACAGUGUGAGCUUGAUGAUACUACACGUAGCCCCUUCCCUUCGGGAGCACCUUAAUUUAGAUGAAGUUCUGUUUUGCUUUUUUCUUCCGACAAUCCACCAAAGACUUUUCAAUCCCUUGGUUUAUACAAGCAAGGGAAUGCUAAGGAGUUUGUUUACAUGGGAAUUAGGAAGGGUUCCCCAGUAACUGUUUCUUAUGUGUUUGAAACUGAAUGGUUUUCUUAAAAGUGAAGAACGUCUCUAUGCAAAGUGCACUAGUAUGGAAGACAGCAAAUCUGGAUUUUAGGCAGGGAAAUAAAUAGCUUUAUAUCAUCUGCAACAGAUGUAGGGGAUGGUUAAUAUUGAAGAUUUGCUGAAUUGGUUCUGCUUAAAAGAUCUGCUUAAAAUUAUUUGUAUGGCAUUCAAACGAUUAAGUUUAUCUUCUAUAUUUUAUUAUAAUUAUUUUUUUAAGAAGCUCAAUCUAUGAAUAGGAAUAGAAAUACUGUUUUUGCACAUAUGGAGACAGAACUAAUAUCAAAAUGUAUGCUGCACUUGUAUUGACUAAUAUUUUUAGUUUUGUUGCUAUUUUAAUGAUAGAAUGGUAAUAUGAAGAACUUACAUAUCUAGAUGAGGUCCAGAUAGCAGUCUUCAACAAUACAUUAUUUAUAAUCAUUUAAUUGGAUGCUGUACAAAAACUGUUUCCAUUAUUUAUAAUUAAUCUAAACCAAAGUCUAUAUUCUUUAACAGUUAACAUUUUGAUAUAACCAAUGUUUAGAUAUUUCUACAUAAUUCUGUGAGUAUGUAUGUGUCUGGAACAGAGUGUGCACACUUAUAUACAAAUACAUUUUCUACUUACAUUGUGUACAUACAUUAUAUAUAUAUCGCUGCCUAGACUAAGAAGAAAUACAGCAUUGAUCUCCCAUUUUUCAUGCUGUAACAACUUGUAUGAAGGGCAGCUUAGAAUUAAAAUUAUAAUUGAAAUGAAUAAAUAAUAAAAUUAAAAUGCAAUUCAUGUCCUGUAUCAGAAACUAAAUGGUCGCUAAGCAAAGCACAUGACAGAGAAAGAGAUUGCAAAGAUUGCUGGGUUGCUGCGACCUCAUUUAGGUAAAGUUUUGUUGUGCAGCAAUGCCAGCAUUAUUCUCGCACCGGCAUGUGGUGUUGUCCAUUGCAAACAUUUGGGCAUAAGCCCCCAUAUUAGUCAGAAAAUGAUGUUUUUUAAUUUAUUACUACUGACUUAUUUAUAAGCUGCCACUAAACAAGGAAGGGCUGUAAUAAUAAUUAGGUAAAAAUUGCUGAAUACUAAAAAAAUAAUGAAGCAUAGGCCAAAUGGCUGAAGAAAACAUAGACUCAGAAGGUGGUAAUUUUUAUUUUAUUUAUUUAUUAAAGUUGUAUGCUACCUGUCCCACCGAUAAGGCGACUCUGAGUGGCUAUAAUCAGGGUUUUAUGGCUAGAGAUAGCAUCAAAAUAUUUCCCCUCUUUGUCUCAAAGAAAGACGUGCCACUGAAUUUGAGUGGCAUGGUUUUCCAGCUCUUUUACUAUAGGGAACUGUAGAAAGACUGUUGGUAUGUCAUCCUCAUAGCAUCUAUUCAGGUCUAGGACAUUUAAGUGCUGACCAUUAGUUGUGCCCACUCUGCUCCCAGCCAUUCCUUUUUUCCUUUGCCUUUGCCUGAUCAGAAGCAUUUUUGUUCCUCAGAAUGUCCUAUCUUUUAAAGAUAAAAAGAAAGUCCAUUGGUCUUGGCCUUUGAUGAAGCCACAGAAAAUGUGGUGGAUUACAAAAAAAAAUGUAAAAAAAAAAAAAGAACAUUGCCUGCAUGAUAAAUAAAGACCUGGGGAAUGAAUGCAUGGUUAUUCAAUAUAUCUUCUUAAAAGUAAUUAACUAAUUGUAAAGUAAAAAAAUCAAAUAUGCAAUAUGUAACUUCCUUUUUAUCUUUCCACAAUUAAAGAAAAGGGCUCUAAAGUGUAUAUAUUAUGAUUGCCAUUGAAAUAUGACAUUUGUAGAAUAGAUAAACAGUUCCUAAAGGGAACUAUUGUAGAUGUUGGUACUGAACAGUGAAAUUUUAUUUUCCUCUUAGAACAGAAACAUGACGUAUUUUUCUCUGUCAUGAACAGAAAGAAAUAAAAUAAACUGAGAAAAAUAAAAUGGGUUGUAUAAAAUGUAAUAAAGAUUUUUAGUUUUGUGAAAGUUGACUAAAUUAUCAAGUAGUACAUUACACAUGUAAUAAAUUCCAUACUUUGCAAAUUAUUUUAUUUGCCACCUACAAUGCCAAAUCUUUUGCUUCUAAGAUUUGUCAACGUUCAUAAGUUAACAAAAUGCUUCUGAGUCUCUUGGUUGUAAAUUUUCAACUCACAAUCCUAAAAUUCCAAAUUUAGAAGUGGGUAACAUUUGCUUUGUUACAGGAGUUUAAAAAAACAUAACAAUAAAAAUCAAAAACAAUAAAAAGCAAAAACGUAAUUUAUGCUGAGAGGAGAGAGAAAGAGAGAAAAUUAAUGGUUAAUUAAAUUUUAUUUAGUAUAAUUCAGUGCCGUUACUCUUUACUGUGCAAAUAUAAGGCAGCUGGCCAUUUUCAGUUAAAAAAUUAACAUAACUAAAAGAACACCAAACUCUGUUUAUAUUUUGCAACUAAUAGAUGAAAUCCCACAUAAUGUUAUUUUACAAUAUUUUAGAAUGAAUCAGUUUAUUUUGCAAACUGAAAGACAUGUUAUCAUAAUGUGCAUUAUAUAAAUGUCAAUACAGAAGAACAAAAGUAAGAUGUUCAUUCAUAUAAAAGAAAUGAUGUUAUAUGUAUUACUUUCCAUGUUUCACCCAAGUUGUUGGAAUGGAAAAGUAAGAGUAAAGAGGUAUUUUGUAGAAAAGGAAUGUCCUUAUCCAGAAAAUCUAUGUCUUUUAUCUAAACUAAUGAAUAUUUGGAUCAUAUCAUCAAUUGAAUCCAAUAUCUACCCAUGCUAUUUGGGUCUAUUAUUCUACUAAUGUAUAGGUGAAAUACUUUGUCCUGGUUGACUUGGAUUGCUAUGAUGUGCUUUAGAGAAUCUCAGUUUAUAGCUGGAUGAACGAUAUUUCAGUACUAUAAGUUUAUAGGCUUUGGAAACGGUAUAUAUGAAACUAUAUGAGAUACAAAUCAGCUGUUCAGUAAAUAUAGACGUAUAAAUAUACUGAAAAUUGGGGAGUAGAGUAAAAUCCAAAAC